AUGAAAGCUGUAGUCCACAAGGCAUUGAGAGCCACGGCACGACAGUGUAUGCAGAAGAUCAACGCUACUGAAGACGACUUGGAAUAUCUGCGUAAAGAACCGCCGUUUCCAGAAAAAUCCGCUUGUAUCUUGAGCUGCUUGAUGGAAAAAAUUGGCGUGGUUAAGAACAAUAAGUAUUCGAAAAAUGGCUUCAUGGUGGCCAUAUCGCCGCUGGUGAUUGGGAACACCAAAAAAGUGGAGCACAUGCGUGAUGUUUCGGAGAAGUGUGAUAAUGAGAUAAAUCAUCACGAGGUUUCCAAUUGUCAGCUGGGAAAUGAAAUAAUAUCGUGCAUUUACAAGUACGCUCCCGAAUUGCACUUUAAGAACUGA